CCGGGCGUGGGCUGAGGAGCCUGCGCCUGCCCUGAGUGCGGGGCGCCGUGCCCUCCAGUUUCCUGGUGAGAUCAGAGGGGGGCAGGCCGGGCAGCGGCAGGAUGAAGCUGGUGAGGAAGGACAUCGAGAAGGAUAACGCGGGGCAGGUGACCCUGAUCCCCGAGGAUCCCGAGGACAUAUGGCACACCUACAAUCUGCUGCAGGUGGGUGACAGCCUGCGGGCAUCCACCAUCCGCAAGGUGCAGACCGAGUCCGCCACGGGCAGCGUGGGCAGCAACCGCAUCCGCACCACCCUCACCCUCUGUGUGGAGACCAUCGAUUUCGACUCGCAGGCCUGCCAGCUGCGGGUCAAGGGGACCAACAUCCAGGAGAAUGAGUACGUCAAGAUGGGAGCCUACCACACCAUUGAGCUGGAGCCCAAUCGCCAGUUCACGCUAGCCAAGAAGCAGUGGGAUAGUGUGGUGCUGGAGCGCAUUGAGCAGGCCUGCGACCCAAGCUGGAGCGCUGACGUGGCAGCAGUGGUCAUGCAGGAGGGUCUGGCUCAUAUCUGUCUCGUUACCCCCAGCAUGACGCUGACCCGGGCCAAGAUUGAAGUGAACAUUCCCAGAAAACGAAAGGGUAAUUGCAGUCAACAUGACCGAGCGCUGGAGAGAUUCUAUGAGCAGGUGGUGCAGGCAAUCCAGCGUCAUAUCAACUUUGAGAUUGUGAAAUGUGUUCUGGUGGCCAGUCCGGGAUUCGUAAGAGAACAGUUCUGUGACUACAUGUUCCAGCAAGCAGUCAAGACUGACAACAAGCUGCUGCUUGAGAACCGGUCCAAAUUCCUUCAGGUCCACUCCUCCUCCGGACAUAAAUAUGCGCUGAAGGAAGCUCUUUGUGACCCAGCUGUGGCCAGCCGUCUCUCUGACACGAAAGCAGCUGGUGAGGUCAAAGCCUUGGAUGACUUCUACAAGAUGCUGCAACAUGAGCCUGAUCGGGCUUUUUAUGGCCUCAAACAUGUGGAAAAAGCCAAUGAGGCCAUGGCCAUUGAUACCCUGUUGAUCAGUGAUGAGCUCUUCAGGCACCAGGAUGUGGCUUCUCGCAGCCGAUAUGUGCGGCUGGUAGAUAGUGUGCGGGAGAACAUGGGCACAGUGCGCAUAUUCUCCAGCCUCCAUGUGUCUGGGGAGCAGCUUGGCCAGCUGACAGGGGUAGCAGCUAUCCUGCGUUUCCCUGUUGCUGAGCUCUCUGACCAAGAGGAGGAAUCCAGUUCUGAAGAGGAUUGAUGACGAUGGCUCACUCCACCCUUCCCUCAUAGCAUAAUAAGACUAAAAUGACAGUCACGGCACUUCCUUUCCAAAUACUGCAAGCAGAUGUUCCAUGGCAUGCAAUUUAACUUUUUGAGAACAAUAUUUUUAAGGUGUCUGGUUUUGUUCAACACUCUCUACUGGAUAGCCAUAUAUAUUUCCACUUGCUGUGGUGAUGAUGAUGAUGGGUAUACUAUAGGUUGGGGUUGACCAUUGUUUGUACAAACUACACUCUGGAUCUCCAAGAGCACAACAAACUAAUAUAAAAUUCUCUGAUUUGGUUCCUGAAAGCUGCUGAUUAGGUAUUUUAAAGCACAUGAGUUUCUUUGCCUUUUGGUGAAUGUACAAAAAAGGAUAAUAAAUUAAGGGGAAAAAAACUCUAAAAUGCCACAUUUUUCUGCUUUGAGUUAUGUGCUUGCAAACAGUACCCCAAAGUAUGGGAAGCAAAGUGUUAGGUAUCACAUUAUAAAGAAUACUGAUACUUUUCAAUCAGCUAUCCAAUGUUUGUCCAUCUGAAGGGCUAUGUUGACAACUUGGUCAGGAACCCAGGGGCCAUACCUUACUGAUGUAAAACGGAGUAGAUUGCAGUAGGGAUGGGAAGAAUACCAGAUGUGGAUCUGUCUUCGUCACGAGUCCAGCCAUUUGGCUGAAUUUGGCAAUAUUUAAUACUGUUCUAUCAGAAAUGGAAACUUUUAAAAAAAAAAACCCUGAAUUGACAGUAUCCCUUUAGACAUGAUGGCACCUGCAGGCCAAGGUGUGAAGCUGUAUGUGCCAUGCUUUUAACAUUUCUUUAAAUGCACUACCUCAGAUCCCUGUCAUGUGAGCUCCAGAAAGUUGUACUAUAUGCUGAUUUAUAUGCUAUAAAUAAGAUGUUCCAGCUUUAAUUAACUGUUUUCUAAUGAAUCAGCGUUCGGAUAAUUUG